AUGCAGCCAGACAGAAACAGUGUCAUGGAGCCAGACAGAAACGAAAGCAGUGCUUUCCUGCAGUCAGAGGUGGGGGCGGGGGCUACAUGUUUUACUGAUACUGUCAAAAGCAGUGUCAUGGAGCCAGACAGAAACGAAAGCAGUGCUUUCCUGCAUGAUGAUAAAUGUUUCUUCACUCAUCUGGAUGGUGUUGAUACUUCCGAUUCUGAUGCAGAUUGUCCUGGCUUUGGGGGCGCCUUCAAUACAGUUGUAGCGGAAUCAAACACAGAUGAGGAAAUAGACCAAUCAGAUGGCGACUUAGCCCACGACAAAGAUGAGGGGGUGUACCAACCAGAUGGCAACUCAGGUCACCGCCAAGGCAGGACAUGCCAAGACUCACACAGGCUGUUUGGCCAGGCGGACAAUGCAAGCGUCAAUCAGAACGAAAGUGACACCAUCACAUCCAAAAUAUCAGCGGCACUUCUUGCCGGAAAUACUACAAAAGUGAGGUCGCUAUUCUAUGUUUCUUUGAAGAAAUUUACAGACUUGGCUGGACACUGGGCAAAAGAAGCUGGACAGCUCCUACAACUUCCAAUGGAAAGCAAGAAAACCUUGUUGCGUCAUCUUGGAAGCAGCUGUCGUUGGAAAGGUGUUGAUGAGAUGAAUAACCACAUCUUUGGUGAACUUUUGGCCAAUGCAGCUGUGCCAAGUUGA